AUGAAUAUUUUCCCGCCCGUACCUGUUUCCUCUUUUUGUGAAUAUGUAAAGUAUUUAGCAGAAAAUAAGAACUUGCGAUUUAAAAGACAAUUUGAGACUAUUCAACGCUCUCGACCCUUACCUUGUCUUGAUGCAAUCCAAGAAAGCAACCAAUCUAAAAAUCGCUAUUCAAGCGUUUUACCAUACGAUUAUUCACGAGUUGUUCUUCAAGAAAAGGAUGAUAUACCAGGAUCAGAUUAUAUUAAUGCGAGCUAUAUUCAGGGGCAUAAAAAGGAAAAUGCUUACAUUGCUUGUCAAGGUACUCCCUUGGAAGAUACUGUCAAUGAUUUUUGGCGUAUGAUUUGGGAACAAAACUCCAGUAGUAUUAUCAUGAUUUCCAACUCAGAAUCAGGAAGACAAAGGCAAAAUUAUGUACAGUACUGGCCAGGUCAAGUUAUAACUCAUUAUGGUGACGAUGGAUCUAUCAGUAUGUUCUACACGGUCUGUCAAUUUAUCGUAAUCAAUAUCGGCUUUUAUCUUCAGUACACAAAUGGCGAGUCGAUGAGUAGAAAAAUCAGGCAUUUUCAUUUUCUUGCUUGGCCAGACCAUGGUGUUCCUGAGCGUCUCAAACCGUUUAUCUUAUUUCUAAAACGCGUUAAGGCACUGUCGGAAAAGGAUGAAGGCCCUAUGAUUGUUCAUUGCGGCGCCGGUAUAGGAAGAACCGGGACAUUCAUUUGCAUCAAUAUCUUACUCAAUCGCCUAUUGGACGAUAAAAUUCUCGACGUUUACUCUUGCGUGACUUUAUUACGCUCUCAACGGGCCUCAGUAGUCCAAACAUGGGAACAAUACAAAUUUAUUCACGAUAUUCUUGUUGAGUGGAUAUUCUCUGGCGAAACUGAAGUACAGUUAUCCAAGUUAAGACGCCAUAUUAACAACCUCCUGAAAGCAAAUCACUCAUCUAUUACCGAAUUGCAACAAGAAUUUAAACAAUUACAAACGUCAUCAGAAUUAGCCCAAUUUCCUGCAUCAACUACGCUGCAGAAUCUGCCCAAAAAUAGAAGCAUGACAAUAUUUCCCUUCGAGUUUAAUAGAAUCAUUUUAUCCAACACUGCGGAAGACUCUGAUUACAUCAACGCAAGUUUUAUUGAGGGAUUUAAGUGCCCAGAGAAUUUUAUUGUGACUCAAGCCCCUUUGCACAAUACGGUAAACCACUUUUGGCAAAUGAUCUGGGAUAAUAAAGUUGAAAUUAUAGUGAAUUUGACCGAGUUAAAAGAAGGCCUAGCGGUUACUCAAAGUAGCCAUGCUUGCUAUUAUCCAUCACAGGUUUCAGAAGAAAUAGUUCGAUAUCACACCUUCACCAUUAAAAAUAUCGGGGAAACCAAACGUGAAGAUCAUCGCUAUAGCAUAUGCCAACUAGAAGUAUCAAAUGCGAAUGAUAAUUGUAUAAGAAAUAUAAAGCUAUUUCGUUUUUUGGCAUGGCCUGAAGAUUCAGUUCCAAGCGGUACAAAGUCAAUUCUUUCAUUUAUAUACAAAGUAAUGGAAAAUGUGCCAACAAAAAAUCAAGAUCCAAUCCUUGUCCAUUGCAGUAAUGGUGGUGGCCGAUCAGGUGUAUUUUGUGCUCUGUGGUCAAUGAUGAAGCGUGCAAAAGUUGAAAAAAUUGCAGAUGUUUAUCAAACUGUUAAAUACUAUCGUGAACAACGAUCAGGCAUGGUGUCAACUUUGGAUCAAUACGAAUUCUGUUAUCGAGCUUUGGAUUCCCAUAUUAGAAUAAGUCGACAUUUAAUGAGCUCGAACAGCUCCCUAUAUAAUCCUGGAUUAGCUGAGUCUGUUGCGGUCGUCAUAGAUUAG